ACUCCACAGACUCCUGCUACUCCGAGACACUGAGAACGAAGCCUGAGGAAAGAAGACUGUUUUUUUUUUUCCCGUCUGUGAAAAGAAAGAAGGAAAAUAAUUACGAAGGUUUAAAAAGACUUCUUGCAGUAUUUGUAACCUACUUUUCGAAGCGUAAAAACCUCUCUCCAGACAGUAAGGCUUGACAGAAAGGUCAUCGAGCAGCUAUGGACAUCUACGACCCUCAGACUCUUGGCAUCGUGGUCUUUAGUGGCUUCAUGGUGAUUUCGGCCAUUGGGAUCGCUCUGGUGUCCACCUUCUCCAUGAAGGAAACUUCCUAUGAAGAGGCACUGGCCAAACAGCGCAAGGAGCUUAGCAGGGCCCAGCUGCAGCGCUCUGAGAAGAAGAAGAAGGACAAGCCAUCAGAAAAGAGGAGCCGUGCCAAAAAGAAGGAAGAGAAGGCCAACGGCAAGCUGCCCGAGCAGGAGCGGAUUCCGGAUGCUGGAGAGAUGGGUACAGACUUGGAGCCUGACCCCACUCUCAAUUCUGCUGCUGCGGUUACCCCCGUCAAUGAACCUUCGGUUGUUGCUGCUGUCCCUGCCUCUGUCAUUGCUGCUCCUACUCCUGCUCCCACCCCUGCUCUUGUCCCCACUCAAGCCCCUCAACUUGUUGCUGUGGAGGCACCACCUGCUCCUUCACCAAAGGACAGGAAAAAAAAGGAAAAGAAAGUGGCCAAGGGGGAGGCUGCCUCCAUUCAGUCCUCCACUGCCCCUACCCAGUCUUCUGCUGUUGCUGUUGCCCCCACUCAGCCUGCAGCGCCACCUUCCAAGCCUGCAGCGCCACCUUCCAAGCCUGCAGCGCCACCUUCCAAGCCUGCAGCGCCACCCUCAAAGCCACCCUCAAAGCCUGCAGCGCCACCUUCAAAGCCUGCAAAAGCCUCUUCCAAGCCUGCCACUGCUCCUUCCAAGCCUGUCACCCCAACUGUGCCAGAAGUAGUCACCAAGGAGCUGCCUGUCAUGGCUGUGCCCCCAGUGGGACCCCGGGCCAGUGCCGUAGCUACUCCUGCUCCUGCUCCUACUCCUGCUCCUGCUCCUGCUCCUGCCCCUGCCAAGGUGGAAGAGUCAAAGACUGAGAAGGCUGAGGGCCCGUCCAAGAAGAAGGGAGGCUCCAAGAAGAAGGUUGAACCAGUCCCAGCUGACCCUGCAGAGGCCCCUCUCCAGCUGCCCUACAAGACCUUGGUGUCUACGCUCCGCUGCAUGACAUUCAGUGAAAAUGAGGCACAGCGGCUCAUCGAGAUCCUCUCUGACAAGGCAGGCAUCGUGCACGGCACCUGGCACACGGCGACCCAGAAGGGAGACCCUGUGGCAGCACUGAAGAAGCAGUUGGAGGAGAAGGAGAAGCAGUUGUCCGCUGAGCAGGAGGAUGUCACUGCUGCUAAGAACCGCAUGCGGGAGCUCUCAAAGGAGCUGUCGGCAGAGAAAUCAAAACUGGCAAACGUGGAGACACGGCUGAGCUCCCAGUUGAGUUCCCGGGAGCAGGAGAUAAAGGCUUUCCAAGCCCGCAUGCAGGCCAGCUACCAGGAUCACGUGGCUGAGACCCAGAAGCUCAAUGCUAAGAUCCAGAGCCUGCAGGAUCAGCUGGAGAAGGGCCCCAAUGCACAGCUGGCCCGUCUGCAACAGGAGAACUCCAUUCUACGAGAUGCCCUCAACCAGGCUACCAGCCAGACAGAGAGCAAACAGAAUGCAGAGCUUGCCAAGCUAAGACAGGAAUGUGCCAAGCUGAGCAAAGAGCUGGGGGACAAGAGCGAUGCCCAGCUGGCGGAUGAGCAGCAGCGCAAGGCCCUGGAGGCCAAGGUGGCAACUGUUGAGAAGCAGUUGGCCCAGGUGCAGGCCACCCAGGCAGAAGGUGAGCGUGCUUUGCAGCGAAGGCUGGAGGAGGUGAGUGAGGAGCUCAGGAGGAGUCAGAGCAGCACCAGUAGCCUGCAGGUGGAGCUGGAGAAGGCUCGCAAGGAGGCAGUUGCCCUGGCUGAGGUGCAGGCACGUUCAGCCAGAACGCAGGCAGAGCUGGAGGAGAAGAAGGGGGAAGCAGAGAGCCUGCGGGCACGGCUGGCUCAGGAAGAGGUGGAGCAGACCCGACUGCGGGAGCGAAUCUCCUCCAUUGAGGCCCUGCUGGAGGCAGGGCGAAGUCAGCAGGUACAGGAAGACAAGGUGAUCACUGCAGCCAAGAUGGAGGAAGUACAGAAGAGCUUGAAGGAGAAAGAACACCAGGUGGCUUCACUCCAGGACGAUCUGGAGCGGCUGAAGGGGGAGUUGGUAGAGGCGAGAAAUGUGACUUUGCCAGACAACACAGCAGAGUUGGAGCUGCUAAAUAAGUGCCUAAAGGAGAAGGAAAACAAAGUUGCUACGCUAGAACAGGAGGUACUGCAGCUGCAGAAGGAGCUGGACCAAGUUAGAAACACAAAUGCUCAGCUUGAAAACACAACCAAAAUGGAAUGUCUACAGAACAGCCUGAAAGAGAGAGAUGGACAGGUGAUCUUGCUGGAAAGAGAGCUGCAGCAGCUUCGAGAGGAAGUGGUACAAAUGAAGACCACCAAUGCUCAAGAUGACGACAGAGCCCAGAUGGAGCAGUUACAGAGCAGCUUAAUGGAUAAAGAGGCUGAGGUCACAUCACUUGAUGCAGAACUUCAGCAGCUCAAGAAAGAAAUGGAGCAAGUGAGGAAUAGGAGUAAAGGCACAGAGCAGCAGUUAAGCACCUUUGAGACAGAAGCAAAGUUGGCUUUUCAGAGCCUCUUCCCACACAUUGCUGUAGGAACAGAACAGACAGAGUGGUUGAAAGAAUUUACACAGAAAGCACAGGAAACUCUGCAGAGCCCAGCAGUACAGCAAGAUGCACAGCAAACGGGUUCCUCAGAGCUGGUGGAGAAGCUCAGCGAAGUGGAGGAGUCUAGGAACACACUACAGGCUGAGUGUGACCAGUACCGGACUGUUCUUGCCGAGACUGAGGGCAUGCUGAAACACCUGCAGAAGAGUGUGGAGGAGGAGGAACAAGUGUGGAGGGCCAAAAUAGCUGAGUCGGAAAAGCAGCUCAGCAAGGCUUUGGAGCAGGUGCAGACCAUGGAGGCUGCAGCAGAGCAGAUGAGAGUAGAAAACCAAAGCAUGCACCAGUUAAGGGAACAGGUGAUGCUUUUGGAAGCACAGCUGGAAAAGCAGCUUGAAUCGGCCUCAUCAGAAACUCAGGGCUACUCUGAAGAGAUGAUGCAGCUGAAGCAGUUGCUGUCCGAGACCCAAGUUCAGCUGGAAGCGGCACACUCCGAGGCGCAGAAGCAGAGUGCAGAAUUGUUGCUGGUCAGGCAACACCUUAGCGAGAUGGAGCGGGUGCGGCAUUCAGCUGAGGCCCAUGGGCCACAGAACGGGCAGCUGGAGCCCGCCCAGGUCCAGUCCAAGCUGGAGCAGGUUGAGCAGAAGGCGGAGGGCGAGAGGGCUCUGCGGCAACAUCUUACGGAGGAGUUUGAGCAGGCCCAGAGGUGUGUCAUAGACCUGCAGGCCCAGCUGGACCUCCUGAGGGCUGCUGGAGAUGUAUCUGCCCCAGACACAGAGGAUGUGACACAGCUGAAGGAACGGCUGGAGAAGGAGAAGAAGCUCUCCAAGGACCUGGGCCAGGCAGCCACCAAGCUGCAGCAGCUCCUCAAGGCCACCCAGGAGCAGCUCACCAGAGAGAAGGACACAGUGAGGAAACUGCAGGACCAGCUUCAGGAAAAGGAUGGAACUGAAGAACUAAAGGAAGGGACUUCAGUUUGAAACCCACCGAAGAGUAACUACACAAUUUGCCAAAAUGCCUUAAAAUUUACAAUAGUUAUGCAUUCCUGAAUAUAUUCUUUGUACUGUAGUUUUAAAUUAGAUUCUUUAAGGAAAAAAAGGUGAGAUGAACAUUUCAUUGUGGGUGGGUUCGGGAGGGGUUGGUCGUGAAUGGAGUAGCUCUCCAUACCUUUCUGGUAUGUCAAUGUACAUUCCAUCAAGGGAGUUCUGCUUGCGUCAGAACCUUGAUCCGAUCUGCCUUACAUUCACACAACGCCCCAUGGCUCAGUGUUAACGAAAAGGGAAGUCGUGUGUACGUUAUAACGUGCAUCAACCAGUGCAAUUUUUUUUACAUGUUUUGUCAAAAAUAGGAAAAUUAUGGUACAAGAUGCAAUACAUGUAAUGCCUUUUGCUCUCAGCAGCAGAUGCCCAAG